AUGGUGACCCCCUGCCCCACCAGCCCCUCUGCCGGAGCAGGGAGGCUAGACAACAACCAGAAUUUUCGAGCCCCCGUGAAGAAGAGCAGGCGCCCGCGCCUCCGGAGGAAAGAGCCGCUUCAGCCCCGGAACCCCUGCACGCCCCGAGGAGACUCCGGAGUUUGCGACCUUUUCGAGUCUCCCAGCUCCGGUUCGGACCUUGCAGACAGCCCCGCCGAGUCGGUGGCGCGAGACUGUAGCCCCCUGCCGGGUCCUGCCCGGCCGCUGGAGCCGCUAGAUCUACAAACCUUCCGGGACUACGGCCAGAGCUGCUACGCUUUCCGUAAGGCUCAGGAGAGCCGCUUCCAUCCGCGGGAGUCUCUGGCGAGGCAGCCACAAGUGACUGCGGAAUCCCGUUGUAAACUGCUCAGCUGGCUGAUCCCAGUGCACCGCCAGUUCGGCCUCUCGUUCGAGUCACUGUGCCUGACAGUGAACACUCUGGACCGCUUCCUCACCACCACACCAGUGGCUGCAGACUGCUUCCAGCUGCUUGGAGUCACCUCUCUGCUUAUCGCUUGCAAACAGGUGGAGGUGCACCCACCGCGCGUGAAACAGCUUCUGGCCCUGUGCUGCGGAGCCUUCUCCCGGCAGCAACUCUGCAAUCUCGAAUGCAUCGUGCUGCACAAGCUGCACUUCAGCCUGGGUGCCCCCACCAUCAGCUUCUUCCUGGAGCAUUUCACUCACACCCGCGUGGAGGCCGGACAGGCUGAAGUCUCCGAAGCCCUGGAAGCACAAACCCUGGCACGGGGGGUGGCUGAGCUAAGCCUGGCUGAUUAUGCCUUCUCUAGCUAUGCUCCCUCCCUGCUGGCCAUCUGUUGCCUGGCGCUAGCAGAUCGCAUGCUGCGGCUUCCACACCCGGUGGACUUGCGCCUGGGCGAACACUCAGAGACGGCGCUGCAGGACUGCCUGGGAAAGCUGCAGCUGCUGGUGGCCAUAAACAGUACCUCUCUGACUCACAUGCUGCCCCUCCAGAUUUGCAAGAAGUGCAACCUGUUCCCAAGCUUGAAAUAAAGCAGACCCUUGGGCUUCUUCUAUUCUCUGGUCCCAGAGGUUGGGCAUUGCUUCUGAAGAGUGCAGUAUUGG